UUUUGUUCGUGAGUUUUUGUUUGUACUUCCGGUCAUGUUGAUGUUUCAUUACAGGCAGGUUAUUAAAGCGUGGCGCGUCGCCGCCCCGGCGUGCGCGUGCACUGCGGCCGCUGGAGUGAGGAGGUGAGCUCGUGCGGCUGCAAUGUUUUGAUCGCGAGGUGACUCGAGCAGCUUACUGUCUCUCUCUCGCUCUCUCUCUGUCUCUCUGUCUGUCUCCUCACUCACAGCAGCACAGAGAGGCGACACGGAAAGUAAUGGGGUGCCACAAUAGCAAAGUUUGUGUCCACGUCCGCCGUAAAAAGAAAAAACAAGCCAAGAAUGAAGCCUCGCUCAAGGAGAUCAGCAGCACUCAUGAUGGAAGUGUAAAAUGCCCAUCUGAGGAGAAGGGCUCCGGUCCAGAGUCUCAGCUAGAAAAGUAUGAAUGGCAACUUAAAGUCUUGGACCAGGUCCUAGCAGCUACAGGAAGUGAAGAGCGAGACCAACUUUUGAAGGACCACCAACACGGAGACCUGUGCAUGCUAGUGCACAGUAUCACUGAGAUGGUGAAGUCUGAGACAGCUGCUGAGCUCAGUGCAGUUCAUGAGAACCAGAUGAAGAGUUUUAGAGAGCAGCACCAGAGAGAAGUGGAAGCGAUAAAAGAUCUUCACAAUGAAGAGAAGAAUGCUUUGCAGAAAACGCACACAGCAGUUGAAGGUGCUCUGAAGGAGCAGAUCGAGCAACUGACAGCAGACCUGAAGCUGUUCGCAGAAUUGAAGCAGAGAGUAAAGGAGUCCAUGCUGAAAAGAGACCUUCAAAGAAAUAUAGAAACUCAUGGUAGCCCGGGUGAAUUCUGGGAGCAGGAACAGGAGAGUCUGCUAAUUGUCAUAGAGAUGAAGAGCGAGCGUUUACAGGAGCAGGGAAGCAAGCUGCGGCAGAUGGAGGCCCUGGUUGAAAAGAACCUAGCUUUGGAGGAUCAGGCCAUGCAGGUUCUACAGAAGAAUGAGGACCUCAGAGUUCGGAUAGAUAAUUAUCAAACACUAAUACACCAGCUGUCCAAGGAGCAGAACGAGCUGCAGGAGGCGCUGGAGAAGCAAACAAUGCAAAGCCAGAAACUCAGUCAGGAGAAAGAUGAGUUGCUCUUUAAACUUCUCCACAGACGGGAGUCCUGCUCAUCUUUUCACAUACCCUUGCCUGCGGAAGUUUCCCCAAGCUGACCUGUUCUUACUUUUACUAUCUCACACACUGGACUCCACUCAACACAGCCUUGUGUGUUUAAACUCCAGAGUUAAGCAACCCAUGCCUCUCGGUUUUAGCCUGCUGCUGGUCUCUUUCCAAAUAACUGUUUUAAGGAAACUGUUUUUUUUUAUGCCAUACUGAAAAUGACAUUACAUACAUUUUGCAUAUAUUCAACCACUGUGUCAAAGUUGGGGAAUCAGUAUGACAGAUUUGUUUUAUUUAUAUUUUAGUUUGGGUUUUAUUAUUUGUUUUUAUUUUGAAUGCACCUGAUCCUGAUGAAGGGUGUGAUGAUAAUGGUUAGCAAAAUGUGUUGAAAGCAAAAACUAAGUGCUUUAUGAUAUGUUACUUUGAAAUAUGUACACCUCAUUAUGGUUAUAUUUAGUACAAUGUUGUUCCAGAAAGCUGACAUUAUAUGAUGCUUUCUUUUUCCUUUUUUCCUUCUUUGAUUUGUUGAUCUUUUAUCUCCUCCAAUUGUCUUUUUUUUUUUUUCUUCCAUGUUUUGCCUUACAAAAGCCAAAGCACUUGCAAGUGUAUUUUAAAGCAACAGCUUUUAAAAGCUUUUCAGAUGCACUGGCACUUUUACAACAGUAUUCAUGUAUAUGUAUGUAUUUGUAUAAGCUAGAUUGUAGGCUUUUGUGAGUUGUUGGUACAUGUUGAACCAGUUUGUUUGCAUGCUUACACUUGGGUAAGAUUAAAUCCUGAGCGCAUUCAUGUUUUGUUGAUUGCAAUAUGACUAACUAUUCAGUCACUGUGGUUUUUUUUUUUUUUUUUUUGGUGAGUAUGAGACGAUCAGCUAGAACACAAUCUAACUUUACAAGAUGAUAAAGAGCAGUGUUUUGCAUAUGCAAAGGACCACUGUUGUAGAUUUGUGCUCAGAGUGAAGGUGUUUCUAUUGUCCACACUCAUCUCACCUUUUUCUUUUCUUUGUUGUGGAUUUUUAUGUUGUAUAUGUUUACCUCUUAAGUGCCUUUUUUUUGCCAGGGCCUCGCAAAGAGAGGCUCAAUAAAAUCAUCUGAGGUACAGUA